AUGCCUGACAAUACCAAUCAUGUCGUUGACGUCGCCGACGAUGGCUUUGAGGUUGAGAACGCGCUCUUACCGUUUGAUAGCGACCAGAUAUCAAAUCUACGACCCUCUGACUCAGCUUCGCAAGUAUCUAAGGUUACUUCCACGAGCACUACUUCCUCCUCCUCUUCUAAGCGUAAGCGUACGCUUCGGUCGGAUGUCUGGGUAUAUUGUAGAGAGGGUAGGGAGGAGGACGGCGAAUUAAUUCAGCAUAAGACAGGUCGCUAUUACUACUGUAAGCUCUGCUCAGCGGGGUAUACUAACUCAGAAGCUGCUUGGAGCCAUCUGAAGUCAGCGUAUGGUAUUGUGAAGCCGGAGGAAGCGUCCAAGAGAGCAACCACGGCUGCUAACAGCCCUUUAAAGCGAAGUUUUGCAGCUACGGCUUUAAAGAUGGCUGCUCAGAAGGAGCGAGUGGCCCAGGCGACAAUGGGCGAUAUCAUUAACCAAGAGCGUUUUAAUGAAGCCUUAGUGCGGUUGAUUGUAAUGCGUAAUCUACCUAUCAGCGCCGUUGAAUGGCCAGAGUUAGAAGAUCUGCUUAAAGCUACAAACCCAGCCGUAGACGGUCCUCAAGACAAAGCUACAACGCUGCCCCUUAAGAUCCACCUUGCUGUUGAUUGUUGGUCGUCGCCAAACCGCAAAAGCCUCAUGGCUAUCUGUGCGCAGUUUGUUGAUGAUGGAAAACUCCAGAAGGCGUUGAUCGCGCUGCCUGAGUUACAAUCUCAUACUGGCAAAGAGACAGCCAGCGCUAUUAUUCGAACUCUUAACUCUUAUGAGAUCUUCCACCUACUAGGCUAUAUUGUCAGCGAUAAUGCCUCCGGAAAUGAUAAGAUGAUGAGGUUUGUGGAAGAAUCAAGAGGCGGAGCUUAUGAGGCAGAACACUAUCGAAUAAGGUGCUUUGGCCAUAUUCUUAACCUCGCUGCUCAAGCCUUCCUUUUUGCAAAGGACAAGUCGGCAGUUAAUGAAGCUAUUCGACAGAUCAAGGAUUCUGCUACUGACGUAGACGACAACCUUACGGCUCAUCUACGCUCGGCAGAAGCAGCUGGCUGGAGGCAGAUGGGCGCCCUUGGUAAGCUUCAUAACAUUGAAGUCCACUUUCGCGCGUCUGACGCUCGUUACAAUGAGUUCAAGAAGCUUGCAAAAGGCAGGGUACUACCACAAGAAAAUGCAACGCGCUGGAACAGCUGGUAUAAGGUUGUGGACGUCGCCCGGCAGGAGGUUAUGCGCAGCGCAAUUACUAUCUACUGUCAGCGCUACUCGCAAGAUCUUCAAGACGAUACACUUGACAGUGACGACUGGCAAGUUAUCAACGAUACCUAUAACUUCCUCUCCACCUUUAACCGCGCGACUUUGCUCACGCAAGGCGACAGCGCGACAAUUGACAAGGUUAUUCAUACAAUGGAUAUUAUUACCAAAGUUUACAAGAACGAGACGGAACGUGCAAAGUUGCUCAAUAAGCCGCGAUACCUCUCUGCCCUCAUGACUAGCUGGUACCUUUUUGAUAAGUACUAUGCCAAAACCUCUGACAGCUCGGUCUAUGCCGCUGCGCUCCUCCUCCAUCCCUCCUUCCGCUUACAAUAUAUACAAGAUAACUGGGAUAAAAGCUGGAGGGAGCCGGCGCUAAGAGCCGCAAGGAACCUUUGGAAGGAACAGUACGCCACGCGCCAAGUUGAUAAGUUACAAACUAGUGGUGCUGAGAGAUCUUCAACAGCGACGUCAGCUGAGCCAUCUGCCUUUGACUUGGCGAUGGGCCAGAUGAAGCUCGCCGCACCUGUUGAAGAUGAGUUUGAGCUAUUUAUUAAACAGGCUCAAAGUACGCUACCUGCCAGCACGACUGCGCUUGAGUGGUGGCUGGAUCCAGCUCGCAAGAAGGACUACCCGCGACUCUAUUACAUGGCAGUAGAUAUACUUUCCAUACCUGCUAUGAGCGCCGAGCCUGAGCGUAUCUUUUCUGGAGCUAGGCGGACAGUUACAUGGACACGCUUUUGUCUUGGAUCUAGUGCUAUUGAGCGCUCAGAGUGCUUAAGGAGCUGGAUACGGGCAAAAGUCACAAUACCUGAGCAACUACUAUUCACUGAGGUCGGCAGCGGUGAGAUUGCAAUAGAGAUGGAUUGA